GUGGUGUUCGAGAUUCGUUGAGUUUAGUGUCGACAAUCCAGUCGGCGUUGACGCACAGAACGCUUUUUGACGUUUGAUCCAGACUACGCGGCGGUGAAAUACGGUUUGGUGGUUUUCGUAUAGAGCCGUCGCACGCCGCUGGCCGAGGAAGAAGGGUCAUCAUGGCUCAAAAGAAAAACUAUAGAAUAUUUCGUCGGAUCACUUGAAGCUGUCCCACGUGAAGCACAAAAUUAUGGCUCGCUAAGGGGCCGAUUAUGGCAGGCCUGCUGCUGUUGGGGUUGCUGGCCUGCGUUCACCCUCUGACUCCCUCUCAACUCCCGGUUCUGGUCCUGUCUGAAAUCUGUUAUUAUCCCGUCAACAUGUCCCGCGUGAAACAAGAACUCGACUCCGUAAAUGUCACGACGGACAUGUUGAGUUACGAAGAUAUAUGCGAGGAUCAUGAAAAAAUCCUGCGCAUUUUUUCCCCUGAAUCGCGACUGGUCGUCGGGUCAUUCGCUCCUGAACUUUGCAGUCCGGUUGAAUUCCUGCGGGAUUAUUUCAAUAUCUCCCUCAUUUCUUGGAACUGUCCCAGGCGACUGAAAAAUGUCGAAGGAGACCUUCAAAUCCCUUCAGCUCCCGAAAUAGCCGCAGGAUUUGCGAGGGUAGUAGACGAAAUGAAGUGGAAGUCUGUCGCAAUAAUUUCAAGUGUUUCUGGCUGGUGGCCGUCUCUUUCACGAAACCUCGACGUUGAGCUGAGAGAAUUGGGAAUCGUGCCGAAAUACUUUUUCACGUUCGACAAAAACAGCUCACGACGACACGUAGAAAAUAAACUACGGAUACUGAAGACCAAACCUUGCAGGGCCGUAGUUUUAUGUCUACCUGCUGACGAAUUGGGUCUUACUAUUGCUCAAGUAACGGACAAGUUCAACCUGUCGUCGGACAAUACGCUAUCUGUAUUUUUGGACGUACUCAGCUUGCCAUCAUGGAGAUACCACUUCAAAAUCAAAGCCAAUGCGUCAAACAGUGUCCACCACGCGUCAUCUCCAGACGUGCUACUUUUCGUUGACAAUCAGAUCGAUUUUAGCAUUGAACUUUACUUGGUGAACAAUGUAAAACGGUUUUUUUCUGUUGAUAGUAUACGCGAUCCUUUAUAUUUUGUUCUCACCGCUCUUAGUUCGGAUGGUUCGUUUCGUCCGCUUUUGAGGGUAUCGGGUGUGAAUACGAGUUCGUUUGAGAUCGAGACGGUGGACCGGAACUUCCAAGAGUGGGUGUUAACGCAUAAACAGUUAGAGGAGUGCGACGCGUUUUGUAAAUUUUCAGCGGAUAAUCUUUUUAGUGCGUGGGUGUACUGGGUGAUAUCGUGCUCCGUGUUAGUAGUGUUCCUAAUCCUGGGUUCGGUUGCUGCUGUGAGGUACCAACUGCUCAAAAAAAGGACCUCCAAAGCGCCUUACAAAAUCCUACUCACAGCGUCAGACUUUGUGUUUCCCCAGCUGCCGGACAGCCGUAGGGUGGACGAGGGGAUCGAGGCAAUGCUAUGCUGCUGGCUCCAGCAACUGCAAGAAUUUGGCGGCCCCGAAGUCGAUAAGCCGGACCUGUUGCAGGGUUCGGGAGCAACAAGGACUCCCUUGAGAUCAAACUCGAGCCCUAAUCUAGCCAAACAGAUCAUCGUUGACCCUAGAGUAAGGUACAAUGGUGAUUUGGUACAAAUGAAACCAGUGCCUUCAAACGGCGGCAACGGCUGCGAGCUCAAAGCCAAAUCAAUCGAAUUACUGGUUCUCUUGCACGGUCUGCGUCACGAGAAUUUAAACCCCUUGAUAGGGUGCUUAGCCGAACCCCCGACGGCGGCGUUAGUAUCCGAGUACUGCUCCAGGGGAUCUCUUCAGGACGUCUUGCAGCAGGACGAUAUUAAAUUGGACUGGUCGUUUCGGUUGAGUCUGUUGACCGACUUAGUAAGGGGCAUGAAAUACCUGCAUUCCACACAAAUCCGUGUCCACGGAUGUUUAACAUCGAGGAAUUGUGUAAUUGACGCCCGUUGGGUGUUGAAAGUGACCGACUAUGGACUCCCAGCAUUCUACGAAGCUCAAGGAAUUCAGCCACCUAACAAAACAGCUAGGGAACUUCUAUGGACUGCACCUGAGUUACUAAGACAUACUAGUCUGCGAAAAAAGGGCACCCAACCUGGUGACGUCUACUCUUUUGGUGUCAUUCUUCAGGAGGUUGUCGUUAGGGGAGAGCCUUUCUGCAUGCUAGCGCUUACACCAGAAGAAAUUAUUGAAAAAGUGAAACGGCCGCCACCUUUAAUUCGGCCUUCCGUCAGUAAGGGCGCAGCCCCACCAGAAGCCAUCAAUAUUAUGCGUCAAUGCUGGGCCGAGCAAGCCGAGCUUCGCCCAGACUUCAACGCAGUUUACGACCAAUUUAAAAAACUCAACCACGGCAGAAAGGUAAACAUCGUGGAUACCAUGUUCCAGAUGUUGGAGAAGUAUUCCAACAAUUUGGAGGAGUUGAUUAGGGAGCGGACGGAGCAGCUGGAUAUCGAGAAGAAGAAAACGGAGCAGUUGCUGAACAGAAUGUUACCCAGUUACGUGGCUGAAAAGUUAAAACUCGGCAUGCCAGUGGAUCCAGAAGAAUACGAGGAAGUGACAAUAUACUUUUCGGAUAUCGUGGGUUUUACUACGAUAUCAGCGCACUCGACGCCGUUCCAAGUGGUCGAUUUGCUGAACGACCUCUACACUUGUUUCGACGCCACCAUAAACGCUUACAACGUGUACAAAGUCGAAACGAUAGGUGACGCUUACAUGGUUGUGGGCGGGUUACCCGUAAGGAUUUCCGAUCAUGCGGAACAGAUAGCGACGAUGGCCCUGGAUCUGCUUCACGAAAGUGGCAAAUUCUGUAUCCGCCAUCUGCCUGGAACUCCUCUUAGGCUGAGGAUAGGCUUACACACCGGACCCUGCUGUGCGGGAGUGGUCGGUCUUACGAUGCCUCGCUAUUGUCUUUUCGGGGAUACGGUCAACACCGCUUCAAGGAUGGAAUCGACCGGAGCUGCUUGGAGGAUCCAUAUGUCAGAGGCAACGAAAAUUCGCCUCGAAAGGGCUGGCGGUUAUCACAUCGAAUACCGGGGGCUCACCGACAUCAAGGGAAAAGGUACAAUGGAUACCUAUUGGCUACUGGGGAAAGACGGUUUCAAUAAAAAUCUGCCGGAGCCGCCUCCUAUCGAAGAAAGUCACGGGUUAGACGAGAGCCUCAUUAUUAGUAAAUUAUCAGCGCUACAGACCAAGUACGAAGACGGAACUUCCGAUUCAGUUUCGAUCGGAUCUACAAGACACAUGAGCGUAAGCGAAGGUCAUUCAACGAAAACUCCCAGUCCCAAUCCUACGUUUAUUAAGAGUAUGGAAUUUUCAAAAUUCUCCACGCUGGCCAAGACCCACGAAGAUAGUAGGACGACAGAUCGUAUAUGCAAGAGCACAUCCAGUGACACCCCUCUAAUACUGGGAACACCCGUAUCUGCCUCCGAAGUGGCUGUCGCACUGCUAGGUGCUUCUACCAGUUCACUUUGUGGUUACAGAAGAGGCGCUAGAGGUACCGGCGUGAAAAUAAUGGAAGAGGAGGAAGACCUCAGUAAACCCUACAAUCACUACAAAUGUUUGAGUCCUAAGUUGCGAAGUGGUAAGCUGCUGAGGAGGCAGUUCAGUUUGGACAGAACCGACGAAAUUUUGAAUAAAGAUGACGAUUUGGUAAGUCCCCGGUUGUGCAAACAAAAUUCUGCGGGCGCCGCGGAUUUGGAAAAAAUCGAAGAAGUUCCAUUACGAGUUCCAUCGAAUGCUGGUUCCUUGGCAACCCAGUUGCAGUGCACUCUCUCGGUGUCCGCCGACUCAUUGAUUCGUUGAACAUUUUUCUCCAACGAUCAUUUCAUAGCACUUAAUUGAUUUGGUGAUUCCUUCUACAGGGUCCGCGCAGAAAUGUUAUACAUGCCUAUACAUGAAUUUUUAGAAUUUGUUUUCUAAAUUAAGGAUCUGCGUGACUGAAAAUCAAACAGAGUUUUUGUAAAAUUAAAAAAAAGUAAAUUUUGAAAUUUUUUAAAUAUAAAUCUUCAAACAAUAAACCGACAAUACAGUUAACGUUUCACGUUUUUCGAAAAUUUUCGAAAAUAGUGUGCAGAGGUUUCGAAAUUUCAAUACUAUACUAUCAAAUAGUUUGGCGCUAAGCAAGUGUUAUUUAUUUAAUUAUUAAUCAUUUAAAUUAUUUUAGAUAUUGAUUUAAUUUUUUCAGUUUUCAGUUACCGCAGAAUCCUAAUAUACGAAGAACCGAUUGAAAUAUAUAUACGGAAAGAGUAUAAACAUAGCGUGGGAGGAAAGGACAACGGCUAUAUUCCACAUAAAAUUUUAAUCAAGGGUAUUUUGCCCGCGGGCGGGUCGAACGAGCACGAAAAUAUAGUUAGCAUAUUUUCAACCAAUCGCAAACCUUAACCCAAAAAGUUGAUAAGUAAAUCCCACAGCCUUCCUUUUCAAAUAUUUUCCAAAUCAGGAAACGGAACUGUACAGGGUUACCUUAACAUGAAAUUCAAAUUGGUAAAUGUAAAUAAAGCACAUGACUAAGCCACCUGAAGGAAUCAUUGACCAUUUUUAAUUUUCCUACACGUUAGUAUAUGGCGUUUCUCCCUUCCUGAACUUUACUGCUGAGGAUAGUUGUAAUAAACACAGUCAUUUUUAUUGGAGAAUAAUUGCUUUUUUCAAUACUUAAUUGACCCAACUACGAAAAAAUGGAACGAUUUUGUAAACGCCAACCAAAUAGAUCUCAAGAGUGAAAUACUAGAUCGAUAGCUUUAUUUAUUUCAAUUUUUAAUGCAGCUCUGGAAAUUUUUCUUGCGGAACGAAUUUUUUCUGGUAUUUCUUAUGUCAUUCUUGAUCGACUUAAUUAUAACGAAAAGCAAUUGAAACAAAGUUGUGUCCUUUUAAGAGAAUAUUUUACAAACUUUUACACUUCACUGUUAAAUUAUUGUCGUAACUUUAUCGUUAGUGCGAUUGUAGAUAAGUAUCAACGUUUAAGAAAAUGUACGAAUUUGAUGUGACAAUUUGUAAAAAACUAAACGUUCCUUACUCGCCUCUUAUAUUUGUGUGUGUUGUAAAUUAGUAAAAAUUUUACGUUGACUGUUUAAUAAACGAGUAGAACUACCGAUUCAAGAAAUGAACCGUGUUUUCUAACUACCUAACGGGUGCAAUUGGCGUGAUAUAUUUUUUUCUCGAUUCUAUAAAGAAAAGAAACAAUGAGAAAAAACUGUCUUCAUGCUGAUAAUGUUACAUAAUCACCAAGCAUUUCUUAUUUCAUAGUGAUCGGUAGAUAAUGGUAAAUACCAUCUAUAAAAAAAAUCAUAUUGUUUGUUAUAAUGUAAUUUAUUGUUUUAUGUAAUGUGUAAAUAGAAACUUUGCAUUUAAAA